GGAAGCUCUGCGCCGGAGACGGAGCAGUGGUGCACAGGGCAGCGGCGGUGUGGGACCGGCCGUGCGGCACACAGGGAUCUCUGUCAUGUCGGCACGUUCAGUGGUAACAGCGGCGCUGUUGUUUGCGCUGGCGCUGGGUGCUCUCGGCCAGCGCGCUGCCCUGGAGGUGACACCGCGCUGCUCGCGCCCCUUCGCCCCUCCGGCGCCGUCCUGUUUCUGCAGCACCAGCAGCGCCGGCCACUGGACAGUGACGUGCGGCUGUCCCGACGAUACCUUCCCGGCCGGACAGGAUGUGGUUCUGACGCCACAGCUGCUGCCGCCGGCCGGCCGCGCCGCCGACGGUCUCCAGAUCGCGCUGCUCGGCUGUCGCCGCGCGGUGCGUCUCUCUGCCGAGCUGCUGACCGCCGCCGACUCCCGCUUCUCCUCCAUCUCACUGGAGGUGCGCGACACGGACCACCUGGUGCUGCCGGAGCGGCCGGACGGCGGACGGCCGGGAGCGCUCCGGUUCAGCAGCGUGGAGGCGCACUUCGAGCGGGUCUCCGUGCCGAGAAUCACCGGCGCCCUGUUCUCUCAGCGGCUGUCCGUGAACGCCACCUUCGACAGCGUGGAGAUCGGAGAGAUCGCCGCCGGAGCGUUCCACCAGACCCUGGUGGCGCCUGAGGUACGAAUCACCGACUCUCGUGUGGGCCGUAUCGCGCGGGGGGCCUUCCAGCUGCCGGUCGGCACGUCCUCAGCCGACAGUCCGCUGGCCGGUCUGCGCCUGCUGCGGUCCCACGUGGACGAGUGGUCCGCCGGGGCGCACGUGGGCGGCGUGCUGGUGCACGUGGUCGACUCGCACGUGGCGCAUCUGCGGCGGGCGGCGCUCUCCACGGUCGGGCUCGUGGAGCUGCGCUGGACGGGCAGCACUGUGGCGGAGGCGGAGGCAGAGGCGGUGCUGCAGGACUCGGCGCCCCCUCCGGACCUCCUGCCGCCCGCCGAUCUGACCUUCAUCAACAACACCUUCCGUAUGGCGCCAGACAGCAGCAGCACCACCGGACUGCUACACUUCACCACUGGCGUGCCCAGCGCGCUCCAGUUUACCGAUAACCUGGUGGAGGGCGCCGCAGCGGCUCCGGUGACACCGGCACCGCGCCCCGACCAGGUGACUGGUACCAGGCUGCAGUGCCGGUGCGAGCUGCUGCGCCCCUGGCUGACCGAGUCGCCGCCGUUCGCCGAGACGGCCCAGUGCGCGGGAGGCGAGGAGGAGCGCCGGGUCGCCGAGUUCUACCAAGAGGAGUGUGGAGGUGGGCGGCUGCGGACCCUACCCGACUCGGCGGCCGGCCGGCUCUCCGUGGCCGCCGGGAUCGUCGCUCAGCUGGCAGUAGCGGUCGGCCUCAGACGCGCGCUGGCCUGACACACGGGAGCGCAGCGCUGGCACCGGUGGACGUCCGUCCCCGGUCCGCACGGCUCCGCAUUACAUCAUCCGACCGGUACGGCGGCGGACUACACUCUGCGACAGUGAGGCUCGCCAACCUAGCUCUGUGUUAUUGUCAUCAUCUUCGAAUCAUCAAAUGCCAGAAUGAGUACCAUUUGUGAAAGUUUGUAUGUGAUACUCAACCGUGUGUUUAACUUCAUUCAUGGCUGCUUGCUUGAAUAAAGAAAGAGAAAAUGAAA